AUGAGUCCUAGACAGACGCUGAGAGCUUUCGUGACGGCGCGGCUGGCUGCGGCUGCGGAAGAUAUUUUUGAGCUGUUUGAAAGAACGAUAUUGGAAUAUGAGGAGGAGCUGUGUCGCUGCAAAGAGAAGAGGAGACAGGAGACAGACGGAGUUCAGGUGGCCUCCCUCAAUUCUGAUCUUGGUUUGAUGAGUCCUGGUCUGAACACAGAGACUCCACAGAUUAAAGAAGAGCUAGAGGAACAGAGCAUCAAACAGAAGGAAGAGGAGCAACAUGAGCCCGCCCCAGAUUACCAGGUUGUAAAUCUGAAGAAUAAAGAGCCUUCACUGCUCCAAAAACAAACUGAGUACAGAGAGGAAACCCAGGGAGAGGAGCGGCAGAUGCAUUCACCGACCGAGAGACACACUGACAACAAUGAUGAUUGGAGAGCUCCAUUACUGUACCCACACUCUGCGGAAAACCCUGGGGACGCGUCCGGACCAGGCCGAGGAGACGAGGCCAACACACACCAGUCUGCCAUCUAUACAGAGAACUUACAAAGACCUCACUACUGUCCAGUCUGUGAUAAAGCAUUUGUCUACAGCGCUACCUUCAGAAAUCACAUGCAAAUGCACACAGGAGUGGACAACACAGAGGAUGAGAAACACCAUCCUGGACAGACGCUGAGAGCCUUGGUGACGGCGCGGCUGGCUGCGGCUGCGGAAGAUAUAUUUGAGCUGUUUGAAAGAACUAUAUUGGAAUAUGAGGAGGAGCUGUGUCGCUGCAAAGAGAAGAGGAGACAAGAGGAGGCUCACGGUGUCCAGGUGGCCCUCCUGAGUCCUGGCCCCAGUUUGACCCAGGUAACCACAGAGACCCCACUGAUCCUCAAACAGGAGGAUGUGCAGCUGUCAGUGCCUUUCCCUGAGUGCCGCGUUGUGGAAGUGAAGAUGGAAGAGUCGUCAUUAGUUCGUCAAGAGGAAACGCAGUUCCACUCAGAGAGACCGCCUUCACACAUGGACGGUGGAGACUGGAGAGAGAUGGAGACACAGGCUGAAGGAGACCUCCACUUCCAAGUUGACUCCACCAGCUCCACUGCUUCAGGCACAGCUACAGGAGAGCGGCUUUAUGAGUUUCUGAGGGAACGAAACAAAGAGGGAGUUGUUCAGAGGCUGAAAAAAGAAAAUCUUGACAAAAAUGUGGUUCCAUCGAUGACCAAUCAAGACUUGGAGCAGUACAUCCCGAAAGUUGAAGACGGAGAAGCCGCCGUCUCCUUCUGCAGAAAGCGUGCCAUGCUGCCACUCUUUGCUCCACGCGCUAAAGUUGGAUACAAGCGAUUGCGAGACAAAGCCCACCCCUUCUCUCGACGGCUGCAUGGCAUGGGUAACACAAACGCCAAACGGCAAAUCAAACGCAUUGAGCUCGGCUGGAUGAGCUUCGAUGAGGACGAAGAACGGUACAAGCAGGUGCGGACUAAAAACGGCGGAGGAACGCUACCUUUGUCCAUCGAUGUGGGCAACACCAUGGAGGACAUCAAAGCGUUGGCGGAGAGCUUGUUUUUCCCCGACGGCGUUUCAAAAAGGAACCAACGGCUCGCUGAUUAUUCCACACACAUUGAGAGUUCACAAGUUCAUGUGGACAUGACGGAUACGGUCGCCCAAGCAUACGAUAAACUCAAAGGGAAGAUACUCAGACUUCUGAAGCCAGAGACGCCACAGUUGAAAGAAGAAUCAGAGGAACUGCAGGAAGAACAGGAGCAAGAGCUGGUCCCAGAAUACCUUGUUGAGAUUAAAGAAGAGAACAUGACCUCACUGCUACUGGGACACACUGAGGAACCGUUCGGAGAAACGAGCGGAGACACUACCGGGUUCAAGAGAUACUCAUGUUACAUCUAUAUUUCACGCUUGUCGUUACAGCUGAGCCUGAACCAAACAGACCCCCCCCCCUCUAUCACCCCACCCCCACACUCUCUCUCCCGGCGCUCUCUGCUGUCACGGCCGCAUCACUCCAGUCCUCCCCGCGCACUGGACCUGUCUCCCGCAGAACACCGAACACCGACACCACCUCCAGCUCCCCCGUCCACCCAGCACUCUUCCCGGGAUGCCUUGACCACUGCUGUCGCUGCUGAGACCGCUCAUCCAUGUCGCGAAGGACUCGUCUUCCCUGGCUCCGAACGUCCUUCCACCCUGAGGAUCUUCCAUCUGCUGUGA